AUUUUUCACUUUUUUUUCCUGUUACGCGUAUGUGUUUAUUUAUUUAUUUUGUUUUUGUUUUGUUAAAAAACAACAGAAAAGAGAAUGUUUAAUGAGCAGUGAAUGUGCGAUGUGAAAACAACUUUUCCCGCGUUUUAACUUUUAGUAGAUUAAAUGGGUUCAUUUGGCUGCUCAUACACAGUACAGCAAGAGAAACACUGAAAUGGACGCGGGAUCCACUGUGAGUGCUGUGAGGAGCUUAAAGGUUUUGAUUGGGGACGAGGUUCGACCUGCACUGAUCACCAUAAAAGAAGGGAAGAUUUAUAACAUCCUGCCUGAUCCAGGUGACACUACAAGUUCGGGCGCGCAGGUGUUGGAUGUAGGUGACAAUGUGGUAAUGCCAGGAUUGGUGGACUGUCAUGUUCAUGUAAAUGAACCAGGCCGUACCGAUUGGGAAGGCUACUGGACUGCAACACAAGCGGCAGCAGCAGGAGGGGUGACUACUAUAGUAGACAUGCCCCUAAACAGCAUACCACCAACCACAAGCCUUGUGAACUUCCAAGAAAAACUACAAGCUGCUACUGGACAGUGCUUUGUGGACACGGCAUUCUGGGGAGGUGUUGUCCCUGGGAAUCAGAUGGAGCUGAAACCCAUGGUGCAGGCCGGAGUUGCUGGAUUUAAGUGCUUUCUCAUCCAUAGUGGAGUUGAUGAAUUUCCUCAUGUAAGCGAAAAGGACCUGCAUGCUGCAAUGAAACAACUCCAGGGUACAAAAAGUGUUUUACUGUUUCAUGCAGAGCAGGAGGUCGAUCCACCUCUGGUAGAGGAUGGAGAUCCAUGGGAAUAUUCAACCUUUUUGAAGUCCAGACCUGAUGUCAUGGAGCUUGAGGCCAUUCGAACCGUUGCAAAACUCUGCCAGCGGUACCAAGUUCGAUGCCACAUUGUGCACCUGUCAUCAGCUGAGUCUCUGGAGUUGAUCCGAGCUGCUCGACAGAAUGGAGCGCCAUUAACAGUGGAGACAACACACCACUAUCUCACCCUCAACUCAGAGAACAUCCCAUCAGGGGCCACACAGUUUAAGUGCUGUCCUCCCAUUCGGGACAAAGCCAACCAGGAGCAGCUGUGGUCUGCACUAAAAGAUGGUGAUAUAGACAUGGUCGUAUCUGAUCAUUCUCCCUGCACCCCCAACCUGAAGUGCUUGGACAUUGGGGAUUUUACUCAGGCUUGGGGUGGCAUUUCUUCUCUGCAGUUCGGUCUGCCUCUGUUCUGGACCUCAGCUCGUAAGAGAGGUUUUGGUUUUCCUGAUGUAGUAAAACUCCUGUGCAAAGAACCUGCACGUCUCUGUCGCCUAGACAACCAAAAAGGCAGCCUCAUGCCAGGUCACGAUGCAGACUUAGUCAUCUGGGAUCCAGAAAAGGAAUUUACAGUAAAAAAGAAUAUCAUACAUCACAAAAAUAAACUGACUCCAUAUCUUGGCUUGACCUUAUGUGGGGAGGUAAAGGCUACCAUUGUUCAGGGGAAACUUGUGUACUUUAAUGGCUCCUUCAGUCCUCAGCCACUAGGACAGUGUUUACUAAUUAAUCAAGCUUCCUUGUGAACCUUCCUCACAUUAACUGCACAUUCCAAGAUUUCUCUCAGUCUAUUUUACAUUUCUCAGGAGUGUUUCUUUCUCUUAAUGGAUGCUAUAAGGAUGUGGCGCUAUUGACUUAAAAGCCUGUGAAGCCCACUAUGACAUGAUUGUGAUUUUAAACUGUGCAAAUAAAUUUUACUAUAAAUACAUUUUACUUGAACUUCCCAAGAGUGG